AUUACUUCCUCAUUAUCUUCGCACCCUGGUUGACACUUGGCAGAUAGAUAGAAGGAGGAAAGUACUCAUCUACUCAAAUCGGUCCAAGUUGAAAGAAGAAAUUAACGACGAAAUUGAAGUAUAAUCUUACAAAAGUAACUUGAUCGCAAAAUGGACUCUGCUUAAGUUGGGUGCUGCUGGAAAUUUGAGGGUGCUCAAACCACAUACAUUCUAUCUCAACAAAUCAACAAGUCAAUGGCAUCUUCUUCAUCUUCAUCUCUUUCCGCUAUGGGCUUUUCUUCUGAGGUGUGGAAGUACCAUGUUUUUCUUAGUUUUAGAGGAGAAGAUACUCGUAAGACGUUUGUGGAUCAUCUCUACACAGCUCUUGAACAACAAGGGAUCUUUACUUACAAAGAUGAUGAAACACUUCCCCGGGGCGAAUCAAUUGGCCCAUCUCUUGUGACGGCUAUCGAAGAAUCACCGAUAGCCAUCAUCAUAUUUUCUAAAAACUACGCAGAUUCUUCAUGGUGCUUAGAUGAACUUUCACAUAUCAUGAAAUGCAAGGAUACAAGAGGUCAAAUUGUGAUGCCCAUAUUUUAUGAUGUUGAUCCUUCUGAAGUUCGAAAACAAAAACUCAGAUACGGAGAAGCAUUUGUGAAACAUGAGUUGGAGAACAACAAAAAGGUUGAAUCAUGGAGAAAAGCACUUGUGGGUGCAAGUAACAUUUCUGGAUGGGAAACCAAGCACGUUGCCAACGGGCAUGAGUCUAAGUGCAUUAAAGAAAUUGUUGACACAAUUUCACAAAGGUUGCAGCCAAUAACUUCAAGUGGGGAUGACAACCUGGUUGGAGUAGAGGCUCGCAUGCAACAUUUGAUAUCAAAGUUACACAUUGGGUUUGGUGGUGUGCUUAUGAUUGGAAUAUGGGGGGUUGGGGGUGGUGGUAAGACAACUCUUGCCUCUUCUGUUUAUUAUGAAAUCUCUAGCAAGUUUGAUGGUUGCUGCUUUCUAAAAAAUGUCCGGGAAGAAUCCAGUGAUAAGAAUGGUCUAGAAAAUUUGCAAGAAAAAAUUCUGUGUGGUGUUUUGAAACAAAAGCAAAUGGAGGUAGGGAGAGUUGAAGAAGGAAGGCGCAUGAUAAAGGAUAGGUUACACCAUAGAAAGGUCUUGAUUGUCCUUGAUGAUGUCAACAACCUUGAGCAGCUAGAACAGUUAGCUGGAUCACGUGAUUGGUUUGGUGAAGGAAGCCGAAUACUAAUCACAACUAGAGAUGAACAUAUAUUAACCGGACACAAAGUAGAUGUGAUACACAAUAUUAGUUUAUUAAACAAUAAUGAGGCUAUGAAGCUCUUUUGCAAGCAUGCACCCCAAGGUCACAAUCCUAUAGAAGGUUACGAGCUUCUUUCAAAAGAUGUGGUUUCAUAUGCUGGUGGGCUCCCGUUAGCCCUUAGGAUUCUCGGUCGUUUUCUAUGUGACAAAGAGAUGAAUGAGUGGAGGAGUGCCUUGGAUAGAUUGAAAGAAACUCCAGAUGCUGAUAUCUUGGAAAAGCUAAAGAUCAGCUUUGAUGGACUCAAGACUGUGGAGAAACAGUUGUUCCUUGAUAUUGCAUGUAUCUUUAGGAGGGAGAACAAAAAAUGGACAAUGGAGAUACUUGAAGCUUGUGGCUUUCACCCUGUUAUAGGCAUAAAGGUGUUGGUACAAAAGGCUCUCAUAACUGUCUCAGAAGAUGGUGAGUUUGGUAUGCAUGAUUUGGUAGAAGAAAUGGCAUACUACAUUGUUAGAGGGGGACACCCUAAGAAUCCUGAAAAACAUAGUAGAGUUUGGAAGAAGGAGGAUGUUCUACAAAUAUGUGCUAUGGAUGCAACGAUGAAUCUUGACAAGAUUGAAGUUAUAUAUGUUGAGUCUGCUAUGGCUGACCAACCACAACGAGUACUUCAGGUCGUUGCAAACAUGAAGAAACUUCGGUGGAUUGAUUUGAACUUUCAUCAGGCAGAAGCUGAAUUGGUUAUAAUGCCAGAAAAUUUUCCACCAAGGGAGCUUUGUUGUCUAACAUUGCACAACCUCACUGUAAAACAACUUUGGGAGGGUUACAAGUUUUUACCAAACUUGAGAAUUAUCAAAUUUCAUUUCUUGACAAACCUGAUGAAGACACCAGAUUUUUAUGGGAUUCCGAACCUUGAAAGAUUUCAUGUUUAUGGAAUGCGGCUUUUAGAAGAGAUUGAUCAUCCAUCAUUUGGACAUUUGGAAAAGCUUGUUUGUGUAGAGAUACAAGAUUGUCAAAACCUUCAGCUAUUUUCAUCCAUUAACCGGUCGAAGAAACUCGAGACUCUUGUAUUCUCAAACUGCGGUUCAUUUUCUAAUUUUCUACCUAACACCGUGAUGCACACAGAAGGAUGGUUUUUUAGUGGAUGCUUAGGAAAGCUGGAUCUCAGCGUUUGCUAUUUGACAGAUAAAAACAUCAGAUCUGCUGCUGGUUGGGCGUUACCCAACUUGAAAGAACUCAAUCUGUCAUCAAAUUGGUUUAUCCGGUUGGAUUUUAGUCUCUUGCAACUUCCUCAGCUCAAAUGGCUGGAUGUUUCGCACUGCUAUUACCUUGUAGAAUUGUUGGAGCUGCCAUUAACUAUAGCUGUUGUUAAGGCGGAUUGGUGUAGGUCACUUGAAAGCUUUGGAGAUAUUUCAAACUGUAAAUGGUUGUGGAAAGUCUCACUUUGGGGGGAUAACAAACUUGGUCCACUUGGUAGUGACAUAUUACUAAACUCCAUGCUCCAGGGAAACGCCAAAGAUUACUUUAUCAGUAUCGGCCUUUCAGGCAUUGGCAUUUGGUGGGGGGCAUCUGCACUUUCGGUCAAGUGGGUGGAGCCAUAUAAUAUGCUGCUUCCACAUGAUUGGUACAAUCAUUUUUCUGGGAUUUUGAUGUUCUUCCAAAACAAGAAAUUUUCUGGCAUCCCUAAAAUAACCAUCAAGCUAGGUGUACAUGAAGAUAUUCAAUGUGAGCUUGGUCAGAAGUCUAAUGAAACACUUGAGACUAAUACUCAUGACACAUACGUAGGAUAUGUUUCCUUUAAUUCAUUGAGGCAAGCAGGAUGCCUGAAUUCAACAUACAGUUUCAUUUCGUUUUCCUACAAUCAGUAUUUGUAUGAAGAUGGGCGAUGGUUUAGAGCUGUACUCGUUCCCAAAGGUGAUCCGAUGCAAACAACAGAAGGGGCAACAGAUUCCUCAGAAUUUUGGGAUGAUAGCAGAAAGACAUUUAUCGUAAAACAUGAUUCAAAAUCCUCUAUCAAGAUUGUAUGGAAACCAUAAGUUGGUUGACAAAUUCCCAGAGGUUGUUCAACCACCAACCAGUUUUCCCUGAACAUAAUCAUAAGUUGGUAGGAUAUGUUUCCUUUAGUUCAUUGAGGCACAUCACAUGCUUGAAAUCAUAAUACAAUUUCAUUUCGUUUUCCUCAGAAGAUGGGUCUUUGUAUGGAGAUAACUGUAGGUUUAGGGUUGUACUCAUUCCUAAAGAUGAUCCGAUGCAAACAACAAAAGUCACAAUAGAUUCCUCAGAAUUUUGGGAUAAGAAAGAUAUGUAUGGAAAGACAUUUACCAUAGAACAUGAUUCAAACUCCUCUAAUAAGAUUUUAUGGAGACCUCUGUUAUAAUAUUAUUAUAAUUUAUAGGAUAGCCGACAUUAUCUUUGUA